GCGCUGCGCUGCAGCUGGAGCGGGCCAGGCGGCACCCAUUCGCGCAAUCACGCACGCACGCACGCACGCACACGCGACAAGACAAGCCGCUGCCCAAGUUCCCGGGGCGCAACAGGCGAGCGGAGCCCCUUCGUUCCUUCGCGCUUUCGCUCGCUCCCGCCCUUCCUUCGACUGCUGCCCCACCCAAAUCCUCCAGACUUUGUUCUUCCGCUUUUUUUUCUCUUCACUUUGCCUGGAAGCAAAGUGCUCGAAAGUGUGCGACGGACGCGGCCGAGCAAGCUCCACCCCACCCAUCCACCCACUUCAGGCCGACGAGAGACCGCGAAAACGCGGCGGAGGUGAGCAAGGAUGGAGGCCCUGGUGGCGGUGCUCAAGAGGCACACGGGAGCCUCGGUGGUGGUCUUCGCCGUCCUCUUCAGGGUGGUCUACGUGCUCUUGGAGAAGAUUCCCCCCCCGAAGGUGGUGCUCCGCGACGAGUUCCGAACGUGGAAGUGGAGAAACCUCUCCGUGUCCAUGGUGCACUCGAUCCUCACCGGGACGUGGGCUGUCUCCAGUGUGUUGCUGUGGCCCGAGACGCUGCGCGACCUCCACGCGUACCACACGCCGCCUUCCUACCUGCUGAUCUGCAUUUCUACAGGGUACUUCAUUCAGGACACAGCCGACAUCAUCCUGACGGGACACGCCAGAGAAGGCUGGGAAUUUCUCAUCCACCACACGCUUGUGAUCUGGUGCUUCUUGUACACGCUGUACACGCACCUGUACGUGGCGGCCGCGGUGCUGACGCUCUUCGUGGAGGCGAACAGCGUGACGCUCCACCUGCGGCUUCUCCUGAAGCUGGCGGGCGCCACCUCGGCGCCCGUCUACAGCGUCAACAAGGUGCUCAACGUGUUGACCUUUGUGGUGGCCCGCCUGGCCACGCAGUUCUACCUCACCUGGUACAUCGGCUCCAACUACUCCAGGCUGGACAACUCCGCCUUCUUCCUCACAACUCUGAUGAUUAUGAACGUCAUGAUGCUGGUCUACUUCUGGCGCCUGAUCCGCUCCGACUUCCUCCAGCAGGGCGUCGCCAGCGGUCACCCGGUCGGCAACGGCACGCGUGCCUCCAAGAGCUUCCUCGCCAAUUGAGAGAUAGUGAGAACGGGCUGCCCGUUUGUCUUUUGCCAGCGGCUUUUAAAGACAGGAAUGUCUGACCUGUGUUUCCCUUUCAAACACGGCUCGCUCGGGUAAACGUCCGCCCGCAAGCGCUUAAAUGCAUUUCACACAUCCGAGUGGUGCCAUAAAUCAAGCAGAAUCCAAAUACUAAAGCGUUUAACAAAGCACGUGGACUCAAAUGAGGACGUAAGCACUUGUGAGCUGUUCUGCAGUGCAGUGCAGCCUCUUCAAAGUAACAAAGCAUAUGGUGGUGUUGCAUUUUGUUUGUACAGGAAAAAAAGAACCAAACCCCCCAAAAAGCAGCCCUUUUUACCCUCCGUAACAAUAACGUGUCUUUUAUGAAGUGACGAGCGUGUGCGUUUGACUCUCGUUGUUACAUUGCAAAUUAAACGUGUUUGAAUGUG